UCGAUCUAUUUUUAUAUUAUAUGUUUACGAUAAGCAUAACCCUCAUAUUUCCGUGCGGAAUUUCUAGACGAAAUCUUUUUCUUCGUUCUGUCCGAAGCCCUUCAAACCCUUCGAGGUCUGUUCUUCCUUCCUUCCCUUCUCGAAGCGUUGCGGAAGCCGGAAAAAAAAAAAGAAAAGAAAAAGUAAACGAAAUCAAUUCCUGAGGAGCGUCUCGAAUCCCCGAGACUCAAAGAAUCGGAAGAAGAAAUUAUCCUGGAUUCCAUACGCUGAUAGCGGAAGGGUUUCUAACCGGAUUUCUUGAAUCGGAGGCGAGAUUUUGGCGAUUACUUGAAAUUAUCUUGCUCCCCCAUCGUCGGAUUCUUGGGUUUCACCUUUCUUCCCAGGCUUGAUUAGAGGUAUGCAGAGCCAACUUGUGUGCAACGGCUGCAGAAGUGUGCUCCUUUACCCUAGGGGAGCUACUAACAUAUGUUGUGCAGUAUGCAACACUAUAACUUCUGUGCCCCCUCCAGCAAUGGAGAUGUCUCAGCUUGUAUGCGGAGGUUGCCGAACUUUGUUAAUGUAUAGCCGUGGUGCAACUAGCGUGAGAUGUUCCUGCUGUAACACAAUUAAUCUUGCAAGAUCAGCAAAUCAGGUUGCUCAUGUGAACUGUGACCAGUGUCGUACAACACUGAUGUAUCCUAAUGGAGCACCGUCGGUCAAAUGUGCAAUAUGUCAUUAUGUUACAAACAUCGGGGCAAGUAAUAUGAGAGUUCCAAUGCCAGCAGCACGCAGGCCUAAUGAAUUUACAGCCAUGCCACCAUCUAAUUCAGCCCCUACUUCUCAAGCCCAGACUGUUGUUGUUGAGAACCCUAUGACAGUGGAUGAAAGCGGCAAACUGGUGAGCAAUGUUGUAGUGGGAGUCACCACUGGGAAAAAAUGAUGUCUUACCGAGAUCCAGUAUGUUGGUGGCUGGUAUUUAUUGUUGUAAAUUUGGAUAAAAUUAAGCUCUCCAUUUUGGAGCUCGGCUGUCUGAUAGGACAGUUAAGAAUGCAAGACAUCAUGAGUGUUUACAAAACAAUUGAUGCUACUCUAGCCUAAAUACCUGUGUAUUCUUUUCAUCUGUGUAUGAGCUUAUGUUAUACUGCUAGUGUGCAGGUUCCCUUGACAAUAACACUUUAGCAAAGUAGCAAGUGGUGCCAUGAUUGUUUUGCCGAGUUGAUAUGGAGUCAGUCUUAGGAAUAAUGCCCCUGUAGAUUUAUCUGUAAGCUAAUGUGGUGCUAGUUGUGUUUGUGAUUGUACUAGCCUGAUAAUAGAUUGGUUCGCAGUAGCCUGUUGUUCCUGAUGGUUA